AUGGCCUCAGUACAUGAAAUAGAGGAAGGAGAAACAUGGAGAACUCAUAGGAAAAGUGCAUUUAUGCGAAGUCCUGAUCCAUCAGCUGACGAAGAAGAAGUGAACUUAACAAAGACGAAAUCUGUGCACGAAAUCGAAGAAAGUCCAUAUCGUCACCCAUCAAAGCCAAACAUGACUCUUCUUUCCGACGAGGAAGAAGAAGGACAAGUCAGCGUGCACGUUAUGAUGCACAGCGACGAAGAGCUUCGUGACGCCAUUUCUCAAGCGAUGUUUCUCGAAGUGGCUUCUGAAAACCUAAUCAGCAAGAGAAAACGACAAUUAGAACUCAUUGACAAGUGUCGCUCUGAAGAAAUAGCAUCAGCUAAGAGGUUAUUCGAGGAAAACAUCGAUGUUUAUCAAAGAACAUUAGGUCCACUUUUUCAUGAAUUCUCAAAUGAGCUAACGACAACUCUGGAAAAAGCAAGUCGCCCAAUCGAUGUUCCCGACGUCACCCGUCCACCACCAGCAUUCCUUCCGAUGCCUUCUAUGAAUGUUCCUCCACCUCCGUUUCAACCAUCUUAUAAUCCAGUAUGUGCAUCUGCUACACCUUCCAUGAAUGCAGUUACCAAUGAGAUGGCGAAGACCUUGAUUGCUCCAACACCACGUGUUCCACCUCCACUCAUGUCUCAGCAUCUACUUCCUCCUCCGGUCAACCAGCAAGAGAGAUCCCCUGUUUCUAGGUCAGAUAACGAAAAGAAUCCUUCGAUCAAGCAUGAAGAUACGAAAACGCACGAGCAUGAGCAUGAUUCGAAGCCGAUUAAAUCACUGGGUAUGCAUGAAGCUUCAAGAGUUGAAGACCCGUUAUUUUCUGGUUUGAACCUGGGUCAACACAUGGGUUUCUCAGUUCCUCGUGGCGAACUCCGUACCACCCAGUCCCAGUUCCACCGCCCAAACCGUUUCUCUUCUCUCCCAGCGUUCCACCCCCACCGCCCAUUCGAAGAAACCCAAGCAUCGCUCGGAAAAAUUUCAUCGGAAUUAAUAUCAGCUCUUCAUCUCCUCGCCCUUCGAAUAGUGGAUCUUCUGGUGUCGUUGGUAUCAAUGUGCGGGGUGUAUUCGUCGGAAAUCGACCUCGUCCAAUUCCAGCCUUCGAAGAUUCUCCGAACAGCAGCGAUGGAUUCUGACAGAUUUCUGACCAGCUGA